CAAUAUUUUCCGUGUUUAUCCAAAGAUAACAAUCUUCACUUUCUUAGGCUUUGAGCUAGGGCACAUUAAAAGCUUGCUGUGACUGUCAGGCAACUUUUUGCUCUCAAAGUCAGAGGCCUCUGUUAGCAGAUGACGUUAUUCGAGGCGAACGUGCGAGGCUGUGAACAACAACAGGAUCCUUGAAAAGCGCGUACAGCUCGAAACGUUUGCUGAGCUGGAAUUGCUUCGGUGCGGCAGGCGAAGAUAUGGCGGACGUUGAAGCCCACCAUGACGAUUUACAAAAAAAUAAACACAACACCACCACCGCCGCAAGCACAACCAUACACCUCGACAUUAAGGAAUGCAUUACAUUCGUCACCUUAAAAAAUCCAGAGGACUACCAUAAAGUUAUUUCCAAGUUAAAAGACUUUGAAGAAUAUGGCCUGGAUCGAUAUCUACUCCAGCUUGUUCGCCAUCUUCAACACGACCUCACAGCAACACUGCUAAUACUUCGAACGUGUGGCGUUAUCGACGCUACAGACCAGCAACGCAUCACGAAUAAACAGAGGAAUUGUACGACGUCGGACGAGAUUGGGACUUUAGUCGACGUAUUGAACACGAAAAGCACGCAUGCGCAGUGGUAUCUCGCGCAUGCUCUUAAGGGGAAGCACCGCUCACUUUAUGAGGCCAUGCAUGGGGAUAUCGAAUGUUGUGUGUGUGGGGAGUUCCUUGGAAAGGACGUCGAGCUGGCGAGCCUUGGAGAUGAACUCAUCGAAGAUUAUAAAAAGAAGUCUACUAACAUUGAUGCAUGGCUGAUGGGAGAGCUAUUCAAGCGAGAAUCUGUGCUGAAAGAGCGCUACCUCUGCUUAGAAACAAAAUUAAAUGUUAUGCUGGAAAGAAUAAGGCCUCUCUUUGCUCAUUUAGAGGGUUUUUCGCAUCGUUUUAGGGCGGAGAUUGAAGAUGUCCUCCCUCCUCAAGAAAGCGACAAAGUCACGAUUCAUACGAAUGUCGAGGUGCUUAAUCGACUGAAAGGAAAAUACGACUCAUUCAAGCGCAAUGGCAGCUUCAUCGCUAUAAUAAACCAACAGCCCUCAGUGCCUAGAGGUGAUCAAGACUGUUUGCAAGAGGUGAUAUCCAAGGGUCCGUCUCUCUCUAAAGACUUCAAAGAGACACCCCCCAGAGACACAACCUGUGACGAGGCCUGGCUCCAAAUCGAGCAGAAAGCCGUCGAACUGCUAGCAGCAAUAAACCCUUGUGAUCGAAUCAAAGCCUCCGUCAAACAAGCAAAGGAUUUCGUGAAAAAGCACGUGUCUAAAUGCGCCCUUCUCACAGGAGUUAGCCUUUGUGUGUUCGUAUACGCUCCCUAUUUACUGAUACAUGGGCCAUGGACUAAAGCUCCUUUGCCAUUAUAUGGUUGAUUACGACGGCAAAGGAUUAUGGGAGAACGCACGUGUCGAAGCGCGCCCUGUGCGUUCGUAUAACGUCCCUUUGGUAGAAUUGGUGGAUUUUUGAAGGAUUGUUCAAUUUAAGAAAACUAUAACAAAGUCUUCCAAGCUAUCGUUUUUUUUACACCGCUGGAUCUGCCACUUUAUUUACUUUUAUACACAGAAUAUCAUGACCUUGGAUGGAAGCUCCUUUCCAUUAAUGGUUGGAUCUAAAAUUGCUAGGGAUCAAAAAAUCGGGAAAUACUUUGGAGACACAGGAAUCUGAGCGGAUCCAGGUAUUUUCCAAAUAGGCACCAUCGAAGAAAUGGAGGAAGAAUGAUUUUAGAUCCAAAUACAUUUCAUUUAAAAAAAAAUCGAAAAUGUAUUUGUAUAUAUUAUACACGCCGAAUAAAUGGAGUCGUUGCCUAGCGAUUAUCAAACAAGAAGACGCUGGACAAGCUUUUAUAUUAGCUUCACUACGGUUUCUAUAUCUAGAUCUCGUAGACUCGUGGAAAGUAAAAUAACUGGGUUCUACCUUUCCCAGCUCGCUCAAUCUUUUAAGAUUGACUUAAAAGUCAAAAGAUGAUAAUCAUGUUUUUAAUUUUAAAAAAGUCGUCUGAUGAUGACAGGUAGUAAAAAAGCCUAGUUCAUAUCAGGUUUUCUAUGCUUGUAUAUGAACCAAAGAGAAACAGGGGUCUGGGACAAAGUUUGUGUCAGGUCAAUCUCUCCUUCACUAAAGGAAACCUAACGGAGGUGAUUGAGGAGACUGAAUGAUGUGAUAAUCACUUAUCCAAUGUAUGAACUAUUUCUAUCCUAUCAGGAUUGCAAUUUAUCAAA